GGAGUGUGUGACAGAAAGGGGGCGCUCUGGGCCUUGAAAUCCGCCGUCCACCGUGCGCCUUGCUGCAGUAAGAGAGAGUUGGAGGCGCACGGCGCACAGGAGUCCGCUGGUUUGGUUUCGGGUCCGACUCUCCACAUUUCAAGAUUUCUUUCUCCCUCUGGAUGAACCCUGAGCAGACAAAUACGGUGGUGAUUAGAGGCAAGCAAAGGGAUGGCCUGGAGGCACUGGCACAGACUGCUUUUAUAAAAGUUGUCACUUUUCUAGACACAGGUUCGGAAGAGCGCGCCCAGCCGAGCUCGGAGCCCCGGCGAUUGGACACUUCCUCCGUGACGCCCGCCGAAUCCUCCCCGCUCCAAGAGCCCUGUCCCGGCCGCAGCCACGCCACCCCUCAAUCCCGGACACCCAGCACCAUUCAGCGCGAAGCUCUUUCACCAGACAUGCCCUGUGUGCAGGCUCAGUACGGGCCCGCCCCACCAGGCUCAGCCUACUCCGGCCAGUCCUUCAGUUACCAGGGCGACAGCUACAGCUCUGAUCUCAUGACCCCUGACUACACCAAGUUGGACCUGGGCGGCGGUGAGAUCUCCGCUGCCGCCACCACCUCCCUACCCAGUUUCAACGUCUUUGUGGAGGGGAGCUACGAGCCCAAGUCCUCCUGCCUCUACCAGAUGCCCGCACACAGGCCCACCAUCAAAAAAGAGGAGGAGAGCUACCCGACUGCUCCGCCGCUGGAGGCCAUGUCCUCCUCCACUAUGUACUUUAAACAGUCUCCCCCCUCCACCCCCACAACCCCAUCCCUGCCGCCCCAGCCUGGCACCUCCUUCCUGUGGGAGGAGCACUCCCUGGCCCCUCCGUCACACCCCCACUCUCUGGGCUCCAGCCUGGAGACGGGCCUCAAGUCGCCCCGCUUUCCACACUUCUACCAGCACUCACCGCCCCACAGCGGCGGCAGCGGCGGUGGCUAUGAGAGUCUGGGAGGAGGACUGGUUCGCACCUCAUCCUCUUCCUCAUCCUCAUCCUCCACUGUCUCCCAUCCUCAUGGUCCACCUCUGGAGCAGCCAAUGUACCAGCUGCACUGCGGGGCCGGCAGCAGCAGCCUCGCCUUCCGCUCCCUGGCUCUCAGGCCCUGUGGCCCCCUACUAGGGGACAGCCUGCCCUCGCCUCCCCCUCGUGGCCCCCAAGGAGAGGGCACCUGCGCAGUGUGUGGGGACAACGCGGCCUGCCAGCACUACGGCGUACGCACUUGUGAGGGCUGCAAGGGCUUCUUCAAGCGCACCGUGCAGAAAAACGCCAAGUAUGUGUGUCUGGCCAGUAAGAACUGUCCUGUGGACAAGAGGAGACGCAACCGCUGCCAGUACUGCCGCUUCCAGAAGUGUCUGAGCGUCGGGAUGGUAAAGGAAGUGGUGCGUACUGAUAGCUUGAAGGGGCGCCGAGGACGUCUGCCUUCCAAACCAAAGAGCCCCCUGCAGACAGAGGCGUCUCCUCCUUCUCCACCCCUCAGCCUGCUCUCUGCUCUGCUCAGGGCUUAUUCCCACUGCACGCCCCGUGACCUCGACUACAGCCAGUUCAGCGCUGCCGACCCUCCCACCUCCUCUUCGGAUGCCGAGCACAUCCAGCUCUUCUACAGGCUGCUCACUGUCUCGAUGGAGACCACGCGGUGCUGGGCUGACCGGCUGCCUGGGUUCUCCGAGCUCCAGCGCGAUGAUCAGAACCUGCUCAUAGACUCUGCCUUCCUGGAGCUGUUUGUCUUGCGAUUGGCUCACAGGUCGAUGCUGUCAGAGGAUAAACUAGUGUUCUGCAACGGUUUGGUGCUGCACAGGUUCCAGUGCCUUCGUGGGUUUGGAGAGUGGCUGGACUCCAUUCGGGACUUCUCCACCCACCUCCAGAGCCUAAACCUGGAUGCCUCUGCUUUCGCCUGCCUGGCUGCCCUGGUGUUGCUCACAGAGCAAGUCCCAGGUCUGAAGGACUCAAAGCGGGUGGAAGAGCUGCAGAAUAAAGUGAUUUGUUGUCUCAGAGACCACCUGGGCUGCGGCCCUUCUUCCUCCUCGUCCAAGGCUGCGCCCCCUCUGAGUCGUAUUCUGGGUUUAAGGGCAGAACUCCGUUCCCAGAGGACCCAGGGCCUUCAACGAAUCUUCUACCUGAAGCUGGAGGACCUGGUACCACCCCCACCGUUGAUUGAUAGGUUCCUGGACACUCUGCCCUACUGAUGGCCCGGGCUGACCGCACUGAGAGAAACCCGCGUCACGUCCUGUUCAGGCCUCCCCCCCCCAUCCCAGGAGCAUGCACACACAUUCAGAAGAGAGACUCACUCCCUUCUGACUGAUGCAGAGCAGAGAGAGCCAAUCAAAUGCUUUUCACUCAAUGGGACAACCAAUUGAAAAACGCCUUUCACUCAAACGGACAACCAACUAAACGCUUUUCACCAGUAUAAAAGACAAUUACUCAAACGCUUUACCACUUUUUAUUUGAUCCUCCUGUUUUUCUCCUGUAGGGGGAGGAUGAUGAGGCUGAGAUGGACGACGGGGAAAAAAAUGACUUUUUUACUGUCCUCUCUCCGUCUGGGUGGCAUCUCAUCCAGCAAAAAAAAGAUUUAUGAUACUGUUUAUCUGUGUUUUGGCCUGACUCAUCCAGUGUGAGGACUUCUUUUUAGUAAGAGGGAAGGGGAGGUGUCAGUGUAGGCGAAUGUUUUCAAAAAACCCGAUGAUGUCCCACUGAAACACAAGUGGCUGUGUAUUCUAGUUCCUCCUACCGAAAGGAGGAAGGGGGCAUUUUCAUACUGAAAUGUCAGAGGUCAGACAGCUUGCGCACAUGUAAGCAUUGAUGCGCAGAAACGUCACAAAGCAGAUAUUUCAUAAACACAUGGAAGUGGCUGUUGAGUUGGGCUCUUGAUUCCAAGUGCAAUUUCUUAAGUGCUAUCUCAUCACAAAAGGACGAGACGGAGAAGGAACAGUUUAAUUUCAAACUCUAAAUUAUUUUAAUACAAAGACUUGAUCUGUACUGUCAGUAGUUAAAAGAGAGAAAGAGGCAGUCUCCGUCUGGUUUUAGACAGCAGAGGAGAUACUGUGCACUAACGAUUGAUGACUGAGUCACCCAGACUUGAACUUUUCUCUAGAAUGUUUGUUUUUUUAGUAACUCCUUUUGAAAUUAUAGGUCGAGUAGGAGUAUGGAGGAAUGAACAUUGGGCAGAAUUUGGCUUUUGAAGCACUUACACCCUGAGAAGGGCUAGAAGCACAGACACACACCCUACCUGCUCCCCCCCGGGGGAUGGCGGGGAGUCAGGGGAGAGGAGGGUGCUCGACAGAUAGCUGUACGUCCAGGGGUGAAACAUUCCGCAGUCAUGCUCUUUUUUCUAUUUGUUUCUUUUAUGGAGGCUGCGUGAUACUGGGCUGGUGAGAGUGUGACGGAUAACGGUUGCAUACUGUUUUUGUGUGUACGCUUAGAGAAGCCAGGAUCAUAUGCAUGGUGUGUUAUAAGCUGUCAAGAGCUGCCAUAGCCUGUCAAAACAGCUCGACCUGUGUUUGUGUCUCAGACUGCGGCUCUACGGGGAUCUCCCUGGGCCUCCACCACCCACUCACACACUCAUGGCAGCAGUUUGAAAUAUGAAAAAAGCAAAUUAUAUAGAUAUAAAUAUAAAUAUAAAUAUAUAUAUAUAUAUAUAUAUACAAAACUAAUAUUUUGAAGUGUUUUUAGCUUUUUCAAAUAUUGUGGUACAAGUUGUGCAUUGUUUUUUGAAGAAGAGAAACAAAAAAGAAAAAAAGUUGCUGUUUUUUCAAUGUUCUUCUUUGGUUUGAGUUUCCUGUUCGAUUAUUUUUUUUCUUCCUCUUUGGUUCACUGGAUUUUUCUGUUCAGCACUUUGAAAUCAUAAACUAGUUCUGAUUAUUCUGA